UUUUCAUUGCAGAUGCCGCCGCGGCGCCGACGAUCGUGAUGGAUAACUUGAACAUCGUCGGCGGCACGGUUGUGUUGUUUAUGUAGUGUUCUAGGUCGGUGAGGUUCUGGGCCUAGGUCGGCUUAACAGUAACUUAACAGCGAUGGGCUCAAUGAAUCAAGAUAUCAAAAGGGAAAGAGAUACAUCAACUAUUGAUCCUUCUCUCUUGACGCCUAUUUUAGAUGGAGGGAUUGAAAAGACGAACUAUAGACAUUACAUCGAGAAACUUAUCCUGGGCGAUCCAAUGUUCGACGAAAAAGAACGAUAUUUGCAAGGUCCAGAAGAGAAGUUUGAUAAUUCUGUCCGUAGGUCUUUACAUUUAUCAAACUUUGCGAAAAAGCACAACUUAAAAUUAGAUGCCGAAGAUUUGCUUCUUAUUUCAAGAACUUUGAACUCAGAUAUGGCACUAACCAUUCACCACCUAAUGUUUAUGCCCACAAUUGAAAGACUUGGUACAGAUGAACAAAAAUCCAAAUGGAUGCAGUUAGCUAAAGAUUCCAAAAUAAUUGGGACGUAUGCCCAAACAGAGCUCGGACAUGGGACAUACCUUGGUGGACUUGAAACUACAGCGACCUAUGACCCCUCACGUCAAGAGUUUGUGUUGAAUUCACCAACAUUAACAUCAAUGAAAUGGUGGCCAGGUGGAUUGGGUUUAAGUUGCAAUUAUUGUGUGUUGCUAGCUAAACUUUUGAUAAAUGGCAAAGAUUAUGGACCUCAUGCAUUUCUUGUGCAAAUACGGAAUCUUCAAGACCACACACCCCUUCGAGGUAGAACUGUAGGAGAUAUUGGAUUAAAGUGGGACUACAACACUGUAGACAAUGGCUUCCUCAGGUUACAUAAUGUCCGCAUUCCGAGACAGCAAAUGCUCAUGAAAUAUGCAAAGGUAGCGCCAGAUGGGACAUACAGCAUAUCUGGCAAUAUUAAAGUAACAUACGGUACAAUGAUUGCAGUUAGACUUACUAUCAUUGCAUUCUGUUACCAUGAACUUGCCCGAGCCCUCACAAUCGCUGUCAGAUAUAGCGCAAUCAGGAGACAAGCACCUUUAGAAAUAGGAGGAGAAGAGGUGCAGAUCUUGGACUAUCAGACCCAGCAGCAGAAGCUUCUUCCAGGCAUAGCAACAGCAUAUGCAUUCUGUUUUGUUCACCAGAAAAUCACCAAAAUGUACCACAAGAUGGAAGCUGAAAUCCAUCAGAAUAAUUUCCAAUCAUUACCUGAGCUUCAUGCUCUCUGCUGUGGAUUAAAGUCUUUCUGCACAGGCACAAGUUCUAAUUUCAUCAACAUAUGUCGCUUUGCAUGCGGAGGUCAAGGGUUAUUAAUGUCCAGUGGGCUCCCAUCACUAUAUGCACGAUUUUCAGCCUCCUGUACCUAUGAGGGUGAGAACACAGUCAUGAUGUUACAGUUGUCACGGUAUUUGCUGAAAUGUUUAAGAAAAUCUCAAGAGGGAGAGGUGGUCGCUGGAUCAGCUUCUUAUUUGUCUGACACACCAGGCAGCACAUCCCCCAUCACUUCCUCUCAUAUGUGGACUUCUCUGCCUGUGCUACUCAGUAUAUUUAAGAACAGGUCUUACAAGCUUGUGAUGGCAGUUGGGCAAAAGAUGGCUGGGCUAUUUGCCCAGGGCAAGUCACCUGGGCAAGCCUGGAAUGGAUGCCUUGUCGAUCUUGUGAAUUGUGGAGAAGCCCAUAUGCAAUAUUUUGUGCUGAGCAGUUUCGUAGAUAGUCUACAAUCAAUAAAAACAACUCCGACCAUCCAAGCAACACUUACAAACCUAUGUUGUUUAUUUGGAUUGUACUACAUCACUCAACAUAGAGCAGAUUUUAUGAUCGAUGGCUACUUAACCCAAGAUCAAAUUAUGCAAGGAAACGAAGAAUAUUUAAAAUUGCUGGCAGCUGUAAGGCCUGAAGCUGUGAGUCUGGUGGAUGCCUUUGACUACCGUGAUGAGUGCAUACACUCAACGCUUGGUUGCUAUGACGGCAAUGCCUACCAACGUCUCUAUGAAUUUGCAAAGAAAGGAGAAAGAAAUAAAUCACCGGUGCAUGAAACCUAUCACAAGUACCUUGUUCCUCUUAUGCGUGGUCACUCAAAACUUUGAAGUAAUUGAGCGUCUGGCCUCAAGUCAAGGUGUCAAGAGACAGUACAUUGGUAGUUAUGAUAGAUAAUUAUGAUGAUGAUGUGAUGAUGAUAAUGAUUGUGAUGAUGAUAAUGAUUGGGAUGAGAGGAUACUAAUUGAGUAAUAUAAUGAUUAUGGCAAUGAAGAUUAAUACGAUGUUAGUGCCGAUGAUUAUGUCGUUGGCUUCACAUUUAUAUAAGGCAUACAUAUUACAUUUGGAUAACAGCAAGAGAAUAAAUGGUGGUGAUUAGGAUAAUGAAAUUAUAAAGAUGAUUAUAAUGAGAUGAUAAUAAUGAUGACAGUAGGAAGAUAAUGAUGAGAUUAUAUUAAUAGUGAUGAUGAUGGUGGUAACAUGUGAUAGUGAGGUAGUGAUGGUGGUAAUGAUGAUAAUGACAAUGAUGAAAUUAAAGUUGAUGGUGAUGUUGAAAUAAUAAUAAUUGUUUGUUUGUUUCAUUUAUAUCUCCAUACACAUGCUCAUACAUAACACAAAAGCUCAAUAGCAGAAAAAAAAAAAAAUAAUAAUAAUACAUUACAGAAUAAAUGUGUGGAAGAAGGCUAAAAUACAUUUAGAAUAAAAGCCAUGGCCACCAGUUAAAAUUAUAUAAAAUGAAUUAUAUAUAAUGAAUACAUCACUAAAAAAUAAAUUUUUUUUAAAAGUUUAAGUCAGUCUGUUAAGUAUAAUGGGAAUGGCUGACAGAUGGACCAGGAGGAUUACCUACCGCUCCAGAGACCAGAGAAUUUUUAAGAUUGUAUUUGCAAGAGUGGAGAUUAGGUAAAGAUUUAAAGGAGGUUAUUCGGACUAUUGUAAAAUAUAGAUUUUUUUCUAAAGGAGGAUGUAUAGCUUUCAAAUAAAACAAUACUUUUUACAUUAAUCAAAUAAAACAUUACUAGUAUUAUAAUCAUGUAUAUGAGACUGAUAAAGAUGAUAAUUGUUUUUAUUAUGUUGGUGAUCAGUGAAUAUAUGUAUGUCAAUCUUUGUUGCCCCUUGUAUUUACAUUGGUGCUUGGUUUGUUAUUGAUAAAACAGUUAUAAAGUUAUAAUGAGAAGGUUAUUGCUGUAGCUUGAUGGUUAAUGCAGUACAGACAAAUAUUAGGAUGUUUUCACAUGAUGAAACAAUUCCACACGCUAAACCUCAUAAUGAGGUUUGGUUUAUUGAGUAUCACUUUUCCUUCUUGAAAUUGGCAAUUGCUCUUUAGAUGUUUAAAAAAAAAACGCAAUGAAUUAAAGUAGUAAGGACUGUGUCUACUAUUUACUCUUUACCAAUGCUUUUUAAUAAUAAAAAAAUAUAUAUAAUGUAAUCAAAUAAAUAAGCAUGCGUAGUGUUGUAAAUGAUAAUUUUUGCAUAAUAUUUACAUUGUAGAUACACAAUUAGUAUUCCACAUAAUAUCUGGAAUAGCUAUUGAAUAUUCAUGAGCAUGAUAUGCUUACCAAGCUCCAGUCUGAAUUAGGGAGCUUUGAAGCAGCCUUCUUUCAAGUUUUAUGUGACAAAAUUGUGUCAGUUGCCCAUAUAUGGGUAUGAUGAUGUCGUAUGACAUCCAUAUUGGGUAUGAUGAUGUCAUGUAUGGACAAAUGACUUAUUUAGAGUCUGUAUGAAAACUAGAUUUGUGCCAAUUGUCCAUAUGAUGGUGUCAUAUCACAUUCAUAUAUGGGUAUUGUUGGAGAAACUUGGGGGGGGGGGGCGCACACAGCAGUUUCAGAAUAGAUAAAUGAGAGCACAUGACAUUGAUAUGCCCCCCUGCCCCUACUGGAUCCUCGCCUGAAAAUUUCUUUUAAAAUGUAUAAAAGCUGAAGCUGAUCUUAAUUUUUUGUAUAAUUGCAAACCUUCAAGUGUUUUCCCCCAAAUAUAUGGGAAUGAUGACAUCAAAAUGUAGGCCUAUGGGCAAAUCACAGUUAUUUAGAGCUGUAUGAAAACUACAAUAGUUUGAUAUUGAAUUUUAGUUCAAUGAUGUUGAUGUAUUAAAACGUGCCUAAUUAAUAAAAA